AUGUCGACCGCGUACAUCUGCGCAGAGCCCGAGGGCGACUCGCUUGAGCCUUCGUUGCAGAACAUCCUUGAUCAGGAUACGCUCAAGUGGAUCUUUGUUGGUGGUAAGGGCGGCGUCGGAAAGACCACAACCAGUUGCAGCUUGGCGGUACAACUGGCGAAAGUUCGCGAGUCGGUACUCCUCAUCUCCACCGACCCAGCACACAACCUCUCCGACGCGUUCUCGCAAAAGUUUGGCAAGGAGGCGAGCAAGGUCAACGGUUUCACGAACUUGUACGCGAUGGAGAUCGACCCGAGCGCGUCGAUGCAGGACAUGGUCGAGUCUGGCGACGACAGCGGCAUGAACGGCAUGAUGCAGGACUUGGCGUUUGCGAUUCCAGGUAUCGACGAGGCGAUGGGCUUUGCGGAGGUCAUGAAGCACGUCAAGUCGAUGGAGUUCUCGGUCAUCGUCUUCGACACCGCGCCGACCGGCCACACCCUCCGCUUCCUGUCCUUCCCUUCGGUCCUCGAGAAGGCUCUUGCGAAGUUGAGCGGGCUGUCAGGGCGCUUUGGGCCAAUGCUGAACCAGAUCGGCUCGAUGAUGGGUGGUGGGCUGAACACGAGCGAGAUGUUUGAAAAGCUCGAGAGCAUGCGGACGGUCGUCACGGAGGUCAACGCGCAGUUCAAGAACCCCGACCUCACAACCUUCAUUCCCGUCAUGAUCUCGGAAUUCCUGUCGCUCUAUGAGACGGAGCGCCUCAUCCAGGAGCUCACGCAGUACCAAAUCGACGUCCACGCCAUCGUCGUCAACCAGCUCCUCUACCCCGAAGAGAAUUCAAGCUGCAAGCACUGCCAGGUCCGAUGGAAGCAGCAGCAGAAGUACCUCAAGGAGGCGUACGAGCUCUACGCGGAGGACUUCCACAUCGUGCGGAUGCCGCUUCUCAGCCAGGAAGUGCGCGGAACGGAGGCUCUCAAGAAGUUCAGCGAGCUGCUCAUCCACCCAUACAAGCAGGGAGACGAAGUUGUGUUGUCGUAG